AUGUCAGCAACGAAUAAGAAACUAAAACGAGUAUCAGUUGAAUCAGACAGCGAUAGUAAUUCAAGUUCCGAUGAUAGUAAAGGAUCUGAUAGUGAUGAUGUGACGGUAACGAGAAAUCAUGUUAACACAAAUAAGAAUAUUCAUGAUGAUGUUCCUAGUAGUGGAUUUACGAUUUUAGAUAUGAUUGCAUCAUGUAAAAAACCCGUUCGUUUUGUCAAAAAAAAUGGUUUGAAUCAUCGUCUUCAUCAGAGAAAUGCUCACUGUUUAGUUCAAGAAACAACUACAAGGUGGAUAUCGUUAUAUCUGAUGCUGAAAACAAUCAAUUUGAGUUAUGAUGCUCUAGCUGAAGUUUUAUCUCCCAUAGGUGGAUUAUCUCGUUUAUCAUGCAUUAAUCGUGUUAUAUUGCAAGAAUUAGUUGCUUUUUUAAAGCCAUUUAAAAAAGUUAUUGUAGAUAUUCAGCAUAAUGACGCUACUCUUCACAAAGUUGUACCAUCCACCUGGUAUUUGAAAGAUCAUUGUUCAAGCUUAGUCAUUAAUUCACAUUCUGGUAUCAAAUAUUUCAAACAAAAGUUUUUAACAAUUAUGAAUAAUAAACUCGAUUUAACAGACAUUCAUUAUGCUGCUGCAAUAUUAGAUCCAACUAUUAGACAAUUAAAAGGUUGUACAGCAGGUGAACAGGCAGGAGGACAAAAAUUUUUGAAAUGA